UCGAUAAUCCUAAAAGGAAUAAAUAAUUGAACGAGAUCACUCAAUCAGCUGUUUCAAUUUUCUGGUAGCAUCGAUAUUCUGUCUGAAGAAGAAAAUGGCCGACUUUGCUCUUCGGCUCCUAUACCGUCUAUCACUACGACCAGUGCUGCUGCUUCAGCUCCGAUCAGCGUUGUUACAGCGAGCCACCCCAACACUUGCAGUGACACCGGUCCGAUGGAAGGUGUCGAAGAGUCAGAAGUUGCGCCAGCCACAUGUAGCCAAGGAAAAGGAGAAAUGGGUGAAAGCAAAAACAGUUCGGGUAGAGAAAGAAAAAGAUAAGUCUAAAGAGCAUCCGAACUGGAUAAACAGGAAGCCUGUCGAUGACGUGUGGAUCCGGGCACGGUACCCUCCUCACUGCCACACCCUAGAGGAAUGUGUGCAAAGACAUAAAGAACAUGCAGAUCCAAGCAUGUUUGAUAAUAUGGAUGGACUGGUGUAUGCCGACCUUGAACUUAAUAUGUCUACAAGAAAGAAGACCAAGUUCAUGCGCAGUAUUAGCUCAACAAUUAUGUUGCCCCAUACGUUUGACGAUAAUGUUGUGAAGAGGUGUGCAGUGUUCAGCAAGAGUAGUGAAGACCAGCAGAAGGCAAGGGACCUUGGUGCCGUCUAUGUAGGAGAUGCAGAUCUCAUCAAACAGAUUGUUGACGGGGUAAUUGACAGAAGUGAAUUUGACUUUGCCCUGCUACGCCGGACAUAAUGGUGGAAAUGCUGGCCCUGCGAGGAAUACUCAAGGACAUGUUUCCACGCAAAGGCAAAGGCAACAUGAGUUCCAGUGUCGAGGAGAUGAUGACGCUGUUCAACCAAGGCGUCACCUACACUUCCACGAAAAUCUCCGAUGCUCUGGGAAAGUUGCAAGUACCACUGGGAGCU